GGCUCGGAGGGCUCUCGUACUUCGCCGGAGCGGAGAAAAAGGAUCAUCGCGUUCUCGUGCCGGAUUUGGGGUCUUUGACCAGCGUUCAUGAUAGGGCACGUGAAUUGUUCUAUUAUUUGAAAGGAGGGCAAGUAGACUAUGGAGAGAGCAUAGCAGGAUUUAUGGCCAUUCCAGAUUUGGGAGAAUUUACGAAGAAGGUAUCAAAAAAAAAUUUUAAAAAAAAAUCAAAAGCUAAAGAAAGAACGAGGCAACCCCAUUUGUUCCCUGUCUCUCUCCCCCUCUCCAUUCUCUCUUCCUUUAUAUCUCCAUUCGAGGGUUUCGUUUUUGUAUCCUAACCUCUCUCUCUUCGGCUUCGAGAUCUGAGGUGGUGGUGACUCGAUAGAGGUUGGUUGACUCCAGCAGGUUCAAUCUGACUGUUAGUGGUAACACUUUGAUCUUUUUGUUGCAGAGGAAAGGAGCUUUUAGAGCACUGACGAGUAAACUAUUCGAUAGGGAGCGCACAAUCAUGGAAUAUUCCUGUUGUCUAUUCCUACUAUACACAGUUUUUUUUAUUAUAGUUUUUUAUUAUAGUAUUUUUUUUUUCUUGCAUGAAAGGGUUGGAUUAUGAGUACAAAGCAGUGAACCUUCUAAAAGGCGAGCAAUCGAAUCCAGAGUUUGAGAAGAUCAAUCCCGUUAAAUAUGUCCCUGCACUGGUUGAUGGGGAUGUUGUAGUUGCUGAUUUGUUUGCAAUCAUAUUGUAUUUGGAAGACAAGUAUCCCCAGAAUCCUCUUUUACCUCAAGAUCUUAAAAAGAAAGCCUUGAAUCUUCAGAUAGCAAGUGUUGUCAGUUCAGGUAUUCGGCCAUUUCAGAAUCUUCUUGUACUGAUUAAUAUAACUUUUCAGCAAUACAUUAAGGAAAAUCUUGGUGCUGAGAAAAAACUUCCAUGGGUUCAACUUCAUAUCAACAAAGGCUUCACGGGUAAGGAUGAGUGGUGCAAUUUCUACAAAGUAUUAGUAUUCGACGAUUCUUAAUUUUGGAUGUGGACUAUGUAAUCAAAUGUAUUUAUUUUAGAUUGAAUCAUUUAGUUUGAAUUUGAAAACUAUUUGUCAUGUAGUUAAAAAAUUGGAGAUAUUGGGAGGUAUUUUGUACGACGAAUGUGAGAAUAUUAAUGUCUUUUCGUUAUUAGAACUUAAAAA